GGGGCAUCUGUACACGCAGGAUGCGGAGCCGAGCAAAAGACUUGUAGACCGAGCUAAAAAAGCUUGUAGAGACCUCAGUGCACGCGUAAAACUCAAGCUCUCACACCGCUGAAGACUUACCCACUUGCAAUCAACCAGUGCCGUCGCAAAAAUGCGAAGAGCAAGGCUGCUCUGGCUGCUCACAGCCCUCCCCACUGCAUUGCCGGCUGCGGCUCUCACCCCCGGCACCACCGCGUGGCUGCUCACAGCCUUGCCCACAGCCUUGCCCGCUGCGGCUCUCACCCCCGGUACCACCGCGACACCACCACCGAAAGCCACGAAUUGGUGGGAUGCGUUCUUCACACCUCAGCCACAACCACUCCUCGUACGAGAAAAAGACGGCAUGCGCCUGAGGCGGGGCACGCGCGAGGACGCGCCGCGCAUCCGCCAGCUCUGGGCCGCGAACGUGGCGCCCAAUUCGCUGGGCGAGGCCUGGUCGCCGGGCGGCAUCGAGACGGCCUUCGUGUACCGCAAGACGCGCGACGGCCGUGCCGCCGCGACGUCCGUCGUUGCCUAUGACGAGGACCGGCGACUCGCGGGUUUCGCGGCCGCCACGGCCGCGGACGAGCCCUUCAACAACCUGGGGCCACUGGUGGAGUGGAAGACGUUUUUCGAUCUCGAGGACGGCCGGAACCGGUGCCUGCUGGGGCCGAUCUGCGUCGAGGCGUCGGUGCGGGGCUCGGGCCUCUUCCGCGACCUCUACGACGCGCUCCUCGUGCGGUCGGGGGACCUGGACGACGUCGCCGAGGGCGUCGUCCUGAUCCACGCCGAGAACCACGCGUCGCUCACGGCGCACCGGCGGCUCGACGGCUGCACGACGCUCGGCGAGUUCGCGUCGGCGGACGGCCGGCCCUUCGUCGUCCUCGCGCUGGACCUCGCGGCCGCGCGCGCGGGGCUAAGUACUUAGCAAACAC